GCCUCAUUCCGUGAUGUGACGUUGUACAGGAACAUGGCGCUUUGGAGGAGAGGUGUAUCAUGAUAGUCAGAGCUAUCGAUUAAAUAUCCCGUAGCUGCUCGCCUAGAAACCGUUGGGGAACGUCCAGCAGACAUGACAGACCGCGGAAGGUGAUCUCUGCCUCGGUCUCCAUGGACAACGGAAGUCCGCCUGUCGUAGCGGCGUUUGCUGUCGUCAGCUGAAACUGUUAGCAUCGAUAUGCUAGCCGAAGCUAGUUAGCUGACGGAUAGCAAGCCGCUAAACAGACCGAAAAUAUGCUCGUUUAUGUAGCCUACACCGGCGUCAGACUCGUUAUCAAUGGUUAAACACGUUAUUUAGCAUCAAAACAGCCGCUAGUUUAGGAUUUCGGUUAGCUGACAUUUCGUCGGCUAAGCUAGGAGGAUGGGGAGUCGCCAUGGAUGUGUUUUGUUGCUGGCCAGUGGGAUUUUUCUGUCGGCGUUUUGGCUUUCGGAAGGUGCCCCUCUUCAGUAUGCACACAAAUCAGGUGGAAGCACAGGAGACACUGUGUCUGUGUCGCUCUACCUGUCCCUGGUGGUGUCUAUGAUGGUGCUGGUGGCCUUGGUGGUGGUGCUGGUGAACUGUGUGACCUGCUGCAAGGAAAGAGAGAUCAACUUCAAGGAGUUUGAAGACCACUUUGAUGAUGAGAUCGACUUCACUCCGCCAGCAGAGGACACGCCGUCUAUGCAGUCCCCAGCUGAGGUGUACACCCUGGCUGUGUCCCCCGUGGCCCUGCCUGGACCCCCACACCUCCAACCUCCAGCCCGCAUCACAGAGGGAUCCGCUGGCUUCCAGGUAGCACGUCACAGUCUGAGUUACAUCCAAGAGAUCGGCAACGGCUGGUUUGGACAGGUCCUUCUGAGUGAAAUCUACACAGACCCAGGUGGAACCAGAGUGGUGGUGAAGGAGUUAAAAGCUAAUGCAAGUGCCAAGGAGCAGAAUGACUUCCUGCAGCAGGGGGAUCCGUACAGAGUGCUGCAGCACCCAAACAUCCUCCAGUGCCUCGGACAGUGUGUCGAGGCCAUCCCCUUCCUGCUUGUUUUUGAGUACUGUGAAAUGGGGGAUUUGCGGGGUUACCUGUCUCAGCAGGAUUGGAUGUUCAGGAACGCUGAGUUGCUGCAGCUGCAGAGGAUGGCAUGUGAAAUUGCUGCUGGUGUCACUCACCUUCACAAACACAACUUCCUGCACAGUGAUUUGGCUCUGAGGAACUGCUACCUGACUGCAGAUCUAACAGUCAAAGUGGGAGACUACGGAAUCGGACCCUACAGAUACAAAGAGGAUUACAUCAUCACAGAGGAUGAUGUGUUUGCGCCCCUUCGUUGGCUGGCUCCAGAGCUGGUGGGCGAGCGUCAUGGGGGAGUCAUUACGAUGGAGCAGACCAAACCCAGCAACGUGUGGGCCUUGGGGGUCACACUGUGGGAGCUCUUCGAGAACGCUACUCAGCCAUACCCACAUCUGUCCGACCGGGAGGUUCUCAACCACGUGAUCAAGGAGCAACAAGUCAAGCUGUUUAAACCACAACUGGAGCUUCCGUAUUCCGACAGAUGGUACGAGGUCUUGCAGUUCUGCUGGCUGUCCCCAGACAAGCGGGCCACAGCAGAAGAAGUUCACCGGUUGCUCAUCUAUCUGCGCAUGCAAGGCCAAAAGGACGUAGAAGAAGAUUUUGAGCAGCGCUGGGAUGCACUCAAGCCCAACCCCUCCACACGGCAGACCACCGUUAGCCAUUCCUCCUUCCCAAUCCUGGAACAGUUUGCUGAUGACGCCCUGCGGCAAGAGAUCGACGAAGUUCUUACUGUCACCGAAACGAGCAAAGGUCUCAGCUUCGAGUAUGUUUGGGAGGCGGCCAAACACGACCACUACGAUGGUAACCAUGGAUGCUCCAGCAUGGACACCACAUUGAACUACCACAGUAUGUUCUUUCCUGUUUCCAGUGAAGACAUCCAGGCCCAUUUCCCCGAUCCUUUAACCCGAGCAGCAGGGGAAGAAAGUGGUAAUACUCCUUCAGGAAUUCCUGGGAUUGUGCCAGUGUUUGAUGCACAAAAGCCAUCUAAUGGGAACGAAUAUUAUAUCCAGCUAGAAGAACAAGGGGAGAGCACUGUUGGGGAAGAUGACAAUAGAGGACAAGACAUGGGCUUUAGUUCGAGCCGACAGGACUUUGUUGUUCUCCAAGAUGUCCGUCUGGAUGAGUCGAGUACAGAUGCCGAUUUUUUCCACCAAAGUAUUGACUCAAAGGAUUCCUAUUUACCAGACAGCCACAUCUGGUCAUCUCUUGAAAAUGACAGUCCAUAUCACACUAAUAUUUUCAACGAAGGGGGGUCCAGGCAAGAUGACUCUCCUUCCUGGAGACAAGGUUUUAUGGAGCUUCCAGAGCGCAAUGGGAACCCUUUCCAUGAAAGUGGCCCUUUGGAGGUCCAGGAGGUGAACAGAGAUGAAAGCUAUGGGGAUUCUUUUUUAGGGGAGGCCACUCACCCAGCAGUUUCUGUGGACGUGAUGGGUGAGAACACCGAUGUAAAGAGGCUUCUGAACACUGAAAAACUAGCUGAUAACUUUAUGUUUCUCAAAGACCAGAGUCUGAUGAAAGAGGGCUCUAGUUUCUCAAGUCUGCACCAGAAUUUUCUUUCACCUGGUCUAGUCCACGAACCUGAAGAAGCUUUCAAAAUGAAUUCUUGGGGAAACCUUGAGAAUUUAGGCAGCUUAAACACAGCAGAUACUUAUUUAAAACCUGCAGCAAGUAGCACAUCCUCAAGACAUGAACUUUUAGAUUCUCCAAGCACCAGCUUGGGGGAGUUAAAUCCGGUAGGAAAUGAAACACUGGUGCCUUCCAUUACAGUGGUCGCAGAAGACAACACAAGCAACCAGCUGCCAGUUAGAAAUAGUUCUUCCACCGAAGACCUCGGUCUGCUGCAAUCCUCAGACAGAGGUGUAGACUCUGGUUUUGAUUCUACCUCAGAGAGGUUUGAGGUUAUCAUUAGUCAGACUGAUGGCCACACCCCUGCGUUCUCUGACAGUGCCACUACAGACUCAAUGUGCACAGAUGCCAAAAUUCCCAGCCUUGAAGAUGACCUUGGAACCUCAAAGGAUAGUGUUCAGUCCAUAGGAAGUGAAAUCCCGCAGGUUCAAGUAUUGUCUCUAGACAACGGACACAAUGAAGACCUAACAAGUAAUGAUCUGCUGAGUGAGCUGAUUGAAGAUGCAGAUAUCGAACUGGAGACCACUCUGUCUGAUCAUGAGGAAUCCUUUAUGGACACUAAUGGACGUCCUGUUGUUAGAUCUUCUCUCCUGGUGUCUGGUCCAUCUUUGGACCAGAUCAGCCAGGACAGUUUACUGGAAGACAGCAUGUCCACCACUGUUCCAACAGUGGACAACUCAGCUGAAACACCAGACUCUUUGGACUCUCUGGACAUACACCGGCUUGCAGAACAAGGAGAGGAGCUGAAUGCUCAGGUAGCCCAACACAAACUCCAGCCUCCAUACAAAAUAUCCGACAGUGGAUACGAGACGGAGAACCUGGAGUCUCCUGAGUGGAACUCUCAGCAAAAUGUCAACGACUGCUCCCCUGUAAAAAAUGGCAUGAGUGUAACCAAAGAAGAAGACACUGAGGAGCUCUCAGCUGCGACGAAUCUGGUUCCACCAAAAAUCAUCAUCUCUGAAGUGGAGGGUGUUCUGGAUACUCAGAGUGAGGAACCCGGUGAGGACCAGCAGCCGGAGGAUGUAGCUCCUGCUGAGGAACCACUUAUGGGCAGUAACUACAGAGACUCUGCCUACUUCUCCGAUAAUGAAUCAGAACCUGAGAAGAAGUCUGAAGAAGCAGCUGCAGGAAGUUCUGUCGAAGUCACGUGGUUGAGAAACUCCACUGAUGAGGCCAGUGGAGCAUCUGGAGGUCCAGCAAUCGAAGUUUACAAGGAAAAAGAUAUUGAUUCUUUAUUUUCACAGCAAGAAUCUUCUGUAUCUGCUGAAGCACAAUCCGCAGCUGGAGAACCACCUGAUGCUUCUGUUGUGGACAAACAUCCAGAAGUAUAUUCAGAUGUCAAACAGAAUAGUGAGACUGAGGUGACAGAAUCUAUUAUCGAAGAUGGAAAUAAACCAGAACUUUUCAAGGACACAACAUUUCCUGAUCAGCUGGACCAAUCAGAAGAUCUGACGGCCUCAGUGCCUUCUCCUGCCACCCCAUCAGAAACAGCACCAGAUGGUGCCGUUCACGCUAAGCUAGUCAGAACAUAUGCCAGUGAUGGUCAUAAAAUCAAGGAGCCGGAUGUGGAGGGGCGCUACCUGGGGAGGCGGGACGGUUCGGGUCUGGACGGACAGGAAGACGGCGUGGACGCAGACGAGGAGGACGAGAACAGCGACGACUCUGACGAUGACAUCCGCGCUUAUCAGCUGCACAGCUCCAGCUCGGAGAGCGACGAUGAAGCCGUGCACACGGUGCCGCUUAUUAUCUCAGACGACAGCAGCGCCAAGAACCUGAAGAGCUUGUUGAAACCCACAGCGCUGAACAUCGAGGCGUCGUCUUCCCCGUUCACCGACAGGUCCAAUGCAGAUAACUCCAGAAGAGCCGUGUCUUUCUUCGAUGACGUCACUGUCUACCUGUUCGACCAGGAGACUCCCACUAAGGAACUGGGCGAGCACUCCUCAGGCUCGAACAGUCAGGUACCAGAGUUCAGCAGCCCGGUGUCCACAGCCAGCUACCUGAAUCGCUUCACCAACUCUGAAAGCUCAACAGAUGAAGAAGGUGGUGGUUUUGAGUGGGACGAUGACUUCUCCUCCCCUGCGCCUGCAUUCCUGCCCAAGGCAGACAAAGACCCAGUGUCUAAGGCCUUGUCCUCCUCUGCGGCUUCAUCCUUUUCCUCUCCGGCUCCUGCAGUAGGACGAGUGCUCGAGCCCAGCUGGACCAGCUCCUCCAGCUACUCCCGCUUCUCCAUCUCACCGGCCAGCAUCGCUAGCUUCUCGCUGACGCAUCUUACCGACUCCGACAUCGAACAAGGAGGAAGCAGUGAGGACGGAGAAAAAGACUAACGUGUGAUAAAUGCAGCGACCGUUUAUUGUCGCUGGUACGAGAAACGAAGCUGAACUCUUUGGAAAAACGACUGAAACAAGGACAGACGACGCGGUUUUUGAACUGUGGACGCUCCUCUCAGGCAGAACUGUUCUCGGUGGAUUCGAGAGCGAAGACUGUAAACUGACUUUCAGCAAAUAAGACGAGGCGAGGCCCCGGUCUGAGCCACAUCACCUCUCCAGCUCCACCAGUGUGUGAUUUUUAGUUCAGUGCAAUUUGUUAAAAAAAAAAGAAACAAUUAUGGGCGAGCUUCUAAAUGUUUGCUUUAAAGACUCAUCAUGCGUGUUCCAAGUGUUUGGCUGCUUCUUUUUGGUGUUUGUCUAAGAAGUGCACUCCUUCUCCAGGACUUUUGCGUCACCAAAAAUAAUUUUAAAAAAAGAAAAAAAACACGAAUUCAACACGCUGGACUGACAGAACUGAUCACUACGGCCAAACGGGAAUAAGCUCUUUGAUUUCAGAACCUAAAACUGAGAAAAGUCAAGCUUAAUCUGUAACAUUCUUAAUUUUUCUGUGCGAUUAUUUCAGUGGUUGCCUUUUUUUUUUUCCUUUUGGAAGAUUUGUGUUUUUUGUAAUUUCAUGUCGAGUCGAAUCACGGCCUCCUACUGGGAGAGAGAAGCUCUGUGUGGUUUCCUUCUGUAGCAGCGUUUAAAUAAGGAGGGGUGUGAUUGGCUGAUCGUACAACCCCUCGUCUGCAGAGGCGACACACAGGCGUAUAUUCCUUCAUUUAUGUUUGAAAGGAACAUUUACAGCGAGCCGAGUCUUAUUUUUGAGACGUCUGAGGAAGAACGCUGCGUGUUUAUUAGACGAGGAUUGUCGACUGUAAGACAGUUGCGAGUAAAAAAAAAACAGAUUUUUUUUGUAAAGCUUUGUUUUAUCCUCUGAGAUGUCGUCGGGUGUUUUUUGCCUGUUUGUUGCUGUAUAGACGGCUGCACUCCUUCGUUCAUUAUCACUGCGAGAAACUUCAAAUUUAGCAAGAUUAAAAAAAACUGAAAAGCUGGAGAUUUUAUUUUGAAGCAAAUGUGCAAUGAGUUGAUUUGCAGGACGACAUGGUGACGAACUCUUCAGUAAAGUGCAGGGACUUUAACAAGAACUCACUACUAGAACAAAAACCACUGCUGCUUUUUUAAAACUUGAGGGGUUUUUUUUGCCUUUUUUUUUUAAUGUCAAACUUUUGGCAUUUUCCUCUUAAAGGACCCCAGGCUGAACAUUUCACGCUAUCAUUUGCAGUUGGAUCGAUUUCUGUACAGAAGCAAAGAUGUUUCCGAUGUACAGCUUUAAAUUCUAAACUGUAGCUCAUACAGUUGUUAUCUGGAUCUUUCCUUUUUGAAUCUUCUGUCUGAUGAAGCCUGCAGUAGGUAGAAAACAUCCCAACAGAAUCACUGUAUCUGUUCAAACCAGCAGCUUCAGUUAAACUUGAACAUCUAUUUAAGGAAAUCUCCUUUUAUUUGACUACAGUAUACAUUUUUUGCUUAAUCUUGCACAUUUGAGAAAUGUAACUUAAUGUUGAACUGUACUGAUGUAUAUAAAUGUUGAUUAUUUUUCUUUUUUUUUCGGUCUGUAAAUGGGAAAUGAUGUAACUGAGUUGUAGGUAUGAGGUUUCAUUUUGUUAACUUAAAGCCGAAUCAGAGGAACAUAUCACGGUCGUCAGCUCGAAGCGGUUAAAUUAAAAACAGAAAAGCAGAUGUGAAUUCAUUCUGUCCUUUAAACUUGUAGAUUUUAAAAAAUAUUUUUACUUCAUAUUGAUCAUGCUUAGUGUAAUUGAAUGAAAUGUUUAUAAUUACACUGUUUAAUAUGAAAAUAAAUGCAAAUGAACUUCUAA